UAAAAUAAAAUUUGUGUUAUUUACACAAAACGCCCAUGAUGUGCUGUUGCUGUGUUUACUUCUUUAAAUUUCAUGAACUUUGAGCAAACUUGGCGAAUAAAAGCCAGAAUUAAGAAAUUCUUAAUGUUUGAACCACUACAGGGUCGACAUGGACACCUCGGCUGAAUGUGCUGAAGUUGAAAGUGCUGAAGACCUGAAGGGUGAUGAUGUUGGUGCCAGUGAAAUCUGCAAGCAGGACGAGGAAAUUUCUGCAGACAGCCGCGAAAGUGCAGAAGCGUCGAGUGAAGAAAAGCCUGCUGCGUGCGAUGAUGAGCCAGAAUUGGAAACAAAGAGUUCCUCCAAAAUCCUAGAGGAGAUAUUUGAUUCAUUUUUAACCGAGUCCAGUAGCAAAUCAAAGAGAAAAGAGAAGCACAAGAAGAGCAAACACCACAAGAAGAAAAAGAAGCACAGUGAGAAAGACAAGGACAGAAAGCACGGCGACAAGGAGAAGAAAAAGAAGCGGAGUAAAAGCAAAGAGAGGCGGAGAGAGAAAGACGGUGUCGUUCAGGAAGAAAAUAAUGAUGUCGAGAAAAACUUUUACGAAAAGUGUGAUUCUGACCUAAUAAAGAGCUUGGAGGAGGGCGUCAAGUUCGACGCAAACAGGUGUGAUCUGUAUGCAGCUGGCGAACUGGACAGUGAGGAGGAAAAGGCACUGUCAUUUGAAUGCUUCCGGGAAAGAGCAGAUCGAUCGUCUUUAAAACGAUCAAUCUCACCAGACGAUGAAAAUGUAAAGAAAAGAAAAAUCGAAAUCAAGGACUUGAAGAACUGUUCGGUGUCUAAAUUGGCAAAAAAGGUUGAUAAAGUUGAUAGUAAACACGAGGAAGGCGAAAUUCCUAGCAGCCAAGAUGAGUCUGAAGAAGAUCAAAAACAUCACAAGGUGAAGAGACAAUCUUCAAAGAGCAGAGAUUCCAGAGACAACCACCGUCAACGGUCUCAUGAAUCGUCGAGAAAGACUGAAAGAGAAUCUGUCCAUCAAAGGUUGGGAGAUUCUCAUAGCCAUAGGUCAAGUAGGCGGGAACGAAGUCUAGAACGACACCACCUUGAUGUCAGAAGUAGAAGGUCAAGGAGUCCACAUGAUGCUAGAGGAGCCAGAUACACCAGCAGACGACGCGGUGAUGGAAGGGAUGCUAGAAACGAAGAGCGGAUUGAUAAAAAGAAAUUGCUAGCCAUUGCUAAGAAAAAUGCAACAUAUAUUUUGAAAGAACAGCAAGAAAGGAUGCUGCAGGCUGGCGUCAUUCCUGUAAAUGCUGUAUCGAACAAAACGGGAAAAACUGUCGCAGAAUUGACUGAAUAUUGUAAAAAAUUGGUUAAAUCGGGGAGCGGAUCAAGUGAUAGCGAUUCGGAAUCAGAAAUUAGUGAAGGCGAGGGACCGACUGAGUCCUUCAUCCAUCACCCUUUCCAGCUGCGAGAUCGUCCUAACUCGAUUGUUGUGAAUAUCAGAAAUUCGACUCAAUUGCCUAACAAAUCGCUGCAGGAAAAAGCAGCGGAAUCAUCAAAAAUUCGUAGUUUGCAAUAUCCCGUGUCCAGUGGCCAACAGCAUCGAUCUACAGAGUGGGUUCCCGUCACUCCUACCAGUCAGUCGAAUACUGCCUCUGUUGCCCCUCUCGCCAUCAAAGAAGCUCCUCCAACAACCAGCAAACCAUCAGCUGUAGUCUCUGCAGUGGCCAGUUCAUGCACAGACACUUCUGGGAACAUUGACAUCUCAAGCGUUAUUUCUCAAAAGCUUUCCGCCAUGCGGAAAAUUCAGGAGUCGGGACAAACUGUCACUCCAGGAUACGGUUACGGCUACGGAGGGGGACAUCUGGCUGCGUUGAGUGGUGCUUUCACGGGAAGCACUGGUGCCAGGAUGCUGACGCCUGCGGAAUUGUCUUCUGGACAGCAAGCAUGGGCCCGAAAGGACCAAUUGAAAACUGCCGCCCCAGUUGCCGGAGGGAUGGGAAUGAAGUUGCUACAGAAAAUGGGUUGGAGACCUGGGGAGGGUCUUGGUAAAAACAAAGAAGGAGGAUUGGAGCCUCUGAAUCUUGAUGUUAAAAUGGAUAAAAAAGGACUUGUUGCCCAGGAAGAGUGCAGGACUCGUUUUCAGCCAUUCAGCGGGUCGGCCAAAAAGAAAGGUGGCGGAGGAGGUGGUGGCGGUGCUGCUGCUGUGCAGGAAGUUGCUCCGACAGUUGGGCACGAAGUUUUUUCCGGGAAGCAUCCUGUGUCUGCCCUUGUCGAGCUGUGCACGAAAAGACGAUGGGGAUCACCUGUUUUUGAAUUGGUGUUCGAGUCAGGACCAGAUCAUAAAAAGAACUUUUUAUUUAAGGUUAAAGUUAACGGAAGGGAGUAUCAGGAUCAAAUUGCCUACAGCAACAAAAAGCAAGCAAAAGCUAUGGCUGCUCAACAUUGCCUUCUACAACUAGGCUUGGUUGUAGUAAUGUAGCUGUUUUCAUCAAUUACCAGAAGUACGCUGAGACUGCGAUGAACGAGCUCUUGGGCUGGUACGGCUACGAAAAAGUAGACAGCGCAGAAACCCAAGGACUGCAACUGCGCCACUUCGGUCCCUCGGCUUCUCUGCUCGCCUCACAGAAACGAGCCAAG